AUGCAUUAUCCAUAUUCAGUUCCACCGUAUAUUCGAACAAAUAUGGCACAAGCCAUGCAAGCAAUGAUGGUCGGUGGUUCAUUACCACCUAAUUGUGUUGUUCUGGCCAUGCCAAUGGAACAAGCACAUCAAAUGUUUCCACAAUUAAUGAUGAACUAUGGAUCUGGUGGUGGUGGUGGUGGCGGCGGCAGUGGUGGUGUAUUGGUAAUUUCUCAGCCACCAUCAUAUUAUGGUCAAACUUAUCAACCACAAAUAGGUUCAUAUCCAAAUAAUCCACAAUCGAAUGCUCUUGUACCUUAUACAAAUCAGUAUGCACAAAGUUACAAUCAAAAUUAUAAUUACCCUGUAGUGCCAUAUACAGAUCAUUCAUCUAAAUCGAAGAGAAAAAAUCGCGCUGGUACAAUCCAUCGAUCGGAACCACAUUCAAAUGUUUAUAAUUCAUCAUCAUUUGAUACUCAUAUGGAAAAUUUAAGUUGGAGUCGAUUGUUCGAUCACCAUCAUCACCAUCAUCACCAUCGUCACCAACACCAUCAACAUGAUUCAAAACAACGACACGAAAAUCGAGGUGCAAUAAGUUAUGAGCCAAAAGGAGAUCCAUCAAAAGCACAACAACCAAAAGCAGGGAAUGCUAGAACAUUAUCAACACUAUCAUCGACAAGUUCAUCAUCGACCACAAGCGACGAAUCAAUUCGACGAGUCACUGUAACAGCUAAACCUCCAACUGGCAUUUCAAUGUCACAACCACAAACAAACGGUAGUUUACCAUUUAAAUAUUCUUCUGAAUUCGUUCCCGGAUCUGCAAAGCAAAGCUUACAAAAAUCCCAUAAAAAAGAUACAAAGGUUAGAUCUGAUGACGUUUUCAUCAUUAAAAAAACGCAACCAUCUCAACCAUCAUCGAAAAAACAGUAA